UUUUUUUUUUUUUGUUUGCGGCUGCGUUCCCUGCGCUGUGUUCCCGCGUGCUGCCAUCCAGCUGGCCACCGUACCUUCUGUGUGUGUGCGCGCGUGUGUGUGUGUGUGUGCGUUCUAUCAAGAACCAUCCUUUGCCUUGACGGGCAGGAUACUGGCGGGUUUCCCCCAAGUUCUUGUAGGUUCUUGAUUUGUAUCUGUGAAAACAAUUGCGGGAACAGGAUAUAGUGAUCAAAACCUUCGCAACCUCCGGCAGUGGCGAAGACACGCAUACCGAACAGCGUGAGCGUGACAGUAAGCAUCCAGAGAAAGAGCGAGAGCACUCCUGGAGAACUCAGUGCAUGCGGUUUCACUAUUCUAUACACUAAGCGCACACAGCAAUAGAAUAGUACACUCCCGCUGUGACGACGCGAGUGACGUACAACGCUUGUCCCGUGGGAUUGCGGUAUACUACCAAGCUCGUUGGCGGUGUGGGUGUAGGUGCCCGAUUCCCGAUUCUGCGAGCGCGCGCGUUCCCGACGUUCCCGAUUGCGCUCGGUUUCGGCUGCGAGCACACUAAAGCUUCAGUGUCUGACUGUACGUUCACAAGUUCGCACGAGCGCGUUCCGUUCCCGUGUGCCCGUGCGUAGUGCCGUGCAGUGUUAGUGUCGUUUUGCUUUGCUCGUUAGAACGCCGCCAAUUUGAAUAGAGAAGAGCGCGCGUAACAAUACAAGCACCGAGUAGGGCCCUAGUGCGCGACCCGCAACGCAUGGUGUAGCACGUACAAGGUCAGCACCGGCGUACUCACACACUGCCUGGGCAUAGUGCAUUUGCAUACGAGCGCGCGCGGUAGCGAGGCAGACAACGCCAGUCCGGUGUCGUGGAGAAGAGGGCAACGCAAACAAACAAAAAAAUAGCACACCAACACUCCCCCCGGGGAAGGGAAGCUAGCAGCCAACGGUUUCGGAAGCGGCAGUCAGGCCCGUGCGUUCCGCGGCACUACUCUUCGCCACUAACACUCAGAGGAAGUGCUCAGAGGAAGUCGGUGCGUGAAAAACGUGUGAUCUUCGGUACCUGCUACGCUUGCAUUCGGAAGUGUCUUUUGAGGGAGUCGUAACCCACUACCCCUUCUGUAGGUGGACUAGUCUCUGUAAGCUGUUCUCAGAUGUCUUUGCUCGUGGUCCCGACCGGUCCCGACGUUGCGGUUACCUACAGCCGGUUUGCUCUGUGAUCUGUGAGCGCAGUGAUCAUCGAGACACCACCUCUUGACCCCCCUCCGAUAUCAUAAACCCAUCCGACGGGUUUUGGUGAUCAGAUUCUAUAUCAUCCUCUUCUUCCUUCCCCCUGUUCUAACCUCUAGAAGUAGACCGAUCGCCGCCGAUAUUUAGUCCUUCGACCAGCGCGGCUAGUGUCCUAGUCUCUGUGUUUGUGUGUGAGUGUGUGUGUAUGAGUUUGUGAGUGCUGUGUGGGUGCAUCUGCCACUCGACAGUGUGUGUAUCGGCAAGCCUAUCGAUUAACAUGGCGUGAGAUGCCAGCAACGUAUGCGCGUAAAUACUCAUCACGAUGAAGUGUUCGUCUGUAUGUUUUGCUUCCUAGCAGGUGGUUCUAGCUUAGUGUGAGUGCGAAACGUCGCCACCAUUCGUGUGAUUGUGAUAUCUCAGCUAACCAGUGUUUGUGGUUGCUUGGAAAAAUAAGAGCGAAAGCGAAUAGAUCUAAGUGUGAAUGAUAACAUCUUCCCACUAGUGGUGUUUGACAAGUUUUGUAGUAGAGAAGAAAAAGAGAGAGAGAAAAACGACACCAAUCCGUGCUCCAGAGGAAUUUGAGUAGUGUAUAGAGUGCAAUAGUGAGUGUGAUUGGAGGAAUAUAGGAAGAGAAAAGUUGGAAUAACACGAAUAACCCGUGCACAAUUUAGUUAAGAAUCUUGAAGCAAAUCGGUGUUAGCAGAAACUACUUAAAAUCGCUUGUACAGCCUCACACAAACCCCGCUGCCUCACCAUGAACAUGGAAUUCCAACCCUUGCCGCCGGUGUCGACGAUGAACAUUGGGCCACCGACGCCGUCCCCGUCGCCCCACAUCCAGAUCCUCUCGAACGGUCCGAACGGCAGCGGUCCGACCGGGGCUGGCGGUGGCGGUGGACCCGGCGGCGGCCACAACGGUAUGGGAAAUCAGGGCGUGCACAGUCAGCUCCUGGGGCCGAUGCCACCACCGAGCAUCCUUCCGAUCGGUAUGCCCCUGCAGCAAGUUGUUCACAACUUGCAGCAUCUUACGAAUGUCGGUGGACUCGGCAUGGGUGGCAACCCACAGCAGCAGCAGCAGCAGCAGCAGCAGCAACAACAACAGCAGCAACAACAUCAGCAUCAGCAGCAACAACAGCAGACACAUCAGAACUUGCUCACGAGCAACACGCCCGGUGCAAACGGACUGACCGGUAUCCAUCACGGUGGCACCCAGAACCUACCGCCUACGUCUCAGCUGCUGCAAGCGAUACAUCAGAACACCAGCAACAACAACAACAACAACAACAAUGGCGCCAAUAAUAACAAUAACAACAACAACACGAUUAAUCUUAACAACAAUAGCAACGGCAACAAUAACAACAACAACAGCAUCACACAGUACCAGGUCCAGCAGCUGUGGAGACAUCACGCGUAUCUAAACGGUAAAACAAGCAAUAACAAAGAUAUCUGCGGCGAGGACAAACACAAAGAGGAGAACGAUCCAUGGAACGUCGAAACACACUCCGCGUUCCUCGGCCCGAACCUAUGGGACAAAACCCUGCCCUAUGACUCUGAUCUCAAAGUGCAUCAGUAUGCUGACCUGGACGAGUUUCUCUCGGAAAAUGGCAUUCCGUACGAUGGAAUACCGAACAGCAAUCUGGGAAAUUCGACCAGCCUGACCGGGCAGCGGUCGGACAGCAUCGGCCACUGUGCGGGGCUGUCGCUGUCCGGUCUCGGGCAGGUCACCACCAAGCGCGAACGGUCGCCCUCGCCAUCGGAUUGCAUGAGCCCGGAAACGAUGAACCCACCGUCACCGGCCGAUUCAAUUUUCGAUGUUACAGCGUUCUCGAUGUCGUCCACCCGCGACUUUGAUCCGCGGACGCGCGCCUUCUCCGACGAGGAGCUGAAACCGCAGCCAAUGAUCAAAAAGUCCCGCAAACAGUUCGUGCCGGACGAGAUGAAGGACGACAAGUACUGGGCGCGCCGUCGAAAGAACAACAUGGCGGCGAAGCGGUCCCGCGACGCGCGCCGCAUGAAAGAAAACCAAAUCGCGCUCCGUGCUGGUUACCUGGAAAAAGAGAACAUGAACCUACAUCGAGAGGUGGAACAGCUGAAGCAGGAAAACAUGGAGCUGCGCGCCCGCCUGUCCAAAUACCAGGAGGUAUAAUCUUAGCCCGGCGUACCCCGGCGGAACAACGCCACGCGUUCGUCUACUUCUAGUACUACUCUACACCAUCACCGUCACUACUACUACUACUACCGCUACUACUACUACUACUACUACUACUAUUUUGCUAACCACUGUCGGCGUCGAUGUGUUCGGCAGCGUCGCAUUGUUUCGCCAGAUCGCCACCGUUUAUCGCCAUUAGAGUCGUCUACCAAUCGUUACCACCGAUCACCAGCAGCAGCUGCAGCAGCGACAGCAGCCAGGCUUACAGCGCAAUGUUGGUGAAAGGCAGCUUUAUGCAAACCCUGCGCGUGCGCGCUCGCGAUCCUCAGCGCUCCCAGCAAACGCAACUGCUGGCGCAAAAAAACCAGGACGCAACGGGCCGCUUCCUUGUUGUGAAGGAUUGCCAAGGGAGAGUUGGACAGCAGAGAGAGAGAGUAAGAAAAAGAGAGAAAGAGAUAGGAAAACACGAGGGAAGCAGUGUUAGAUGCGCUUCCUCCACCCCCACUGCAAGGCUAUUAUAGUUGUACGUGUUAUGUUUCAUUUGUUUUGUUUUGUUUUUCGGUUGUUACUAAGAAUAAGCUCGAUCCAGAAUUGUUGGAAACGGGACGGACCUGUGCGCACGGUGUGUGUAGGGCUUUUUACGUUUGAAACUAAACUGUUUGGAGAGAGAGAGUGUAUCGUUGAUAGCUUAUUUGAUGCUACACAGUAGUAAUGUUGGUAGCUCAAGACAGGCGACAAAGAGCAUAAAGAUAGAACGCAGUAACGUAGAACGCAUGCCUGCUAGACAAAACAGUAGAUCUAGAUCAACUAAAGAGUAGAGAAAGAGAGAGAGAGAGCAAACGAAAGAUCGAAGAUAGAAGCCGCUUGUUUACAUACAAUACAAUUUAACUUACACAAAAAAAAACAAACACACAUUCAAAACCAUCCUCCCCACCUGAAACAAGAGAAAAGGCGUAAAGGAAUGCGAGCAGAUAAAAUGAUUAAAAGCAGAGAAUAGCGUUUAAAAAAUAACUUCAAUUUCAAAGAAGGAAAGAGGAACACAUGAAGCUUUCCUUUUUUCCUUCUUCCGCGCAGUAGAUAAUGCAAAAAAGUAGUCGCAAAAGAGAGCGAGAGAAGUGUUUCGAUUAAGUUUUGUUGUUUUUUUUAUUUGUUUUUCCUUUUGCUUGCUGUCGCGGUUUAAAGGAUUGCUUUAAGUAGCGGGUUCCUUACGACCUGCCUGUCUGCAAAAAAAAAAGAAAUGAUGGAGCGUAAAGCAAAGGGAAAAGCAAAUGUCGGAAAAAAAGUGUCCGAGACGCGGGACGCCUGUAGUUUAAACAUAUAAAAUGCUGGAUUUGUGCAAUUGGUAAUUAUACUGUGACCCGGGUGUGUUAUGUGCAUGUGUUGGGUGGUAGGAGCGAAAUGGAGCGAAUGAGCGCAGCUGGAGUGUGAGCUUGGUAUGACACGUUAAGGAUAGGGUUCAAGCAGAGGUAAAGAGGUGGACCCCGCCUCACUUGUUUGAUAAGCAAACGGUGUCAUUAAGGAUAGUCGUGAGUCAAUUGUCUUGGUUUUCGAGGGGCUCGUUUUUGUUAGUCACGUUGUUACCAUUGGGUGGUUCGUUGCUUUUUUUUGUUGUUUUGAACCGGUGUACAGAGAAGAAGCUCAUCACUUCACUCUGCACCGUUUGUUAAACCACAUCCACACUGACCUGUUGGAUCUUCUCUAUAGUCAUGGGAGAAAUUAGGAGCAUUUCUCCCAAAGCAAACGUUAUAAAAUACAACAAAAACAAACGUUUCACGUGAGAACGACGACGUAGGGCUGUGAGUUUAUCAAAAAAGAAGAAGAAGAAGAAGAAGAAGAAGAAGAAGAACAUAAAAACACAGUUAAUAAGAAGAAACUGUAACUGAGAGAGAAAAAGUGAGAGAGUGUGAACGAUAUGUUGGCAACCGAAACCCAAGCCUUAGUGGAAACCGCUGCUGAAACUGCUGAACCAAAAGAAGAAAACGUAAUGCGUGGCACAAGGUGCAUUUUUUCAUCGUCCUUUUAUGAGAGACACGAUAAAAAGCACGAUGGAAAGGAGGAAGUAAGGUAGCGCUUUACUGCGACCGAACGACUCCUCUGCGCAUGUAGUGCUUGUUUGGGGCCUUGCUGCGCAGCAAAGAAUAUGGCCUUCGGAAUUCGUUUCCAAAAAGUAAAACCCCACUACCCUUCUUCGAUCGAGAUCGACAUUCGGACAUCGGACCAUGAAAUGUACAAAACGCAUCCUAACGCGAGCGAACUCUCUUCCGUAAGGAGCUGAACAGCUGUUUUUCAUGCUCUCUUUUUCUUGUCUCUAACCAACAACUGCUAGAAAAGAGAAGUUUUCCCCAAAAAUACCUGCUAGCAGGACUUCACAUUGGAUCGGCCUCGCGGUUCUAUCCUUCUGUGUACAUCUUUCUUCUCUUCACUCAUGCUUCUGAUUACACUUUCAUCUACUUCGGCCUCUCGGAGCGUUUCAAGAGCACCUCGCCUGUGUUCCCUUAGGCUUCUAGCUUGAAAACAAAUAUUACAAAACACUGUUACGAAAAUACCUGUUAUACCCGAGUUAUACAAACUCUUGUGCUCGUGCUUACUUGGUUGGUGGUUCGGUUAGUUGCUAGUUACCGUUGUGCACCGUUGUGUUGGCAUUGGCUGCCCAAUUGGCUCCACAUACGGCACACACACAAACGGCUGGCACAGAUUGUUGGACGGUAGAGGCGGUAAAGUGAAAGGAUUGACACAAGGACCUGCAGCUAGACAAAUAGUAGAACCUGAAAGCAUAACCGCGCAUGCGUUGAAGGUAGAGUGUGCGGUAGUAGUGAAAUAGAAGAGGAAAUUAUCUUUACACGUUGAUAUAAUGACAAAUUAGCAUGCAUAUUCAAUUAGGUGCGCGGGACAAAUAGCCUCCCAAUUCUACGGCCUUAAGCCGGCCUUUGUACAUACGUUCGAACGUUACGAAACAAAACAAAAAAAAAAUAUUAACAAAAAACCCCAACACACAUACACACAAAAGAAACCCCCCCCCCUCGUAGCCUAAAGCAAGAUGCAGUAGCACGCAGUUAAAUGCUAACUACAAAGAGAGAGAGAUAAAUGCUGUUUGUUUAGUAGAAUUCAUCGAGUACGCGAGUUUUAUCAGACAAAAAAAGAUAUAAAAGCAAAACAUGCGAAACUUCACAGGCACGUGUCCGGGAAGUCAUAAGUCUGCCGGUAUAUCCCUAAGCUUUCUCUGUUGCCUGUCUACCGCAGGUGCUACGCGAUGAUUAGGCUGUGUUUUCUCAUAGCUUUGCGCCUACCGAGCUGAUCUUUCGCAGGAACAUCAAACACAGACACUCGUUAGUACGGUAACCGAAUGAGAUUGAUGAUUUUGGUACACCCUGCACCCCGUAGACUGUUGUUAGCUCUUGGUGUUUCGCUUGGGGAAAAAAAAAACAGGACGACGGCACUCUCGCGAAGAAUUCAAUGCAAAGACUUUACCUGAGGGGCUACGCAUGGGAGUGGCAGUGACGGAACGUACGAUUGGUGAUGGUUAACGAUAGAAACGAUGCAAACGGAAUAGAAAAAGGCCGGCAAGAAUGGCGGUACCGGUGGUAGUGGAAAUGGACGUAGUGGUAGCACGUAGGACGUGUGGGGGAUAAACGGCACCAGCAAAAGCAAAAAGCAAAAAGCUGUUACCAUUCAAACAGUGAUGGCAAAUGGUGUAGAAAUGUGAGGGCGGGAGGAUGGAAUCAAAAGUAAGGAAAAGGAAAAAUGAGAAGAAAAAAAAACACACAUACACAUACAUACACACAUACACGAGAGCAAACAAUUAGUAGUCUGAUUCAAUUGUAGUGAUAGUAACAUUUAGUAAGUGACACAUGGCGAUAAAUAUGUAAUUUGAUAAGGUUGAUGAAUGGUGAAGCAGAACGGAAAAGAGAAAGAGAGAGAGAGAGAGAGAGCAAGAAAGCAAACAAAACAAAGCUACCAAGAGCAGAAAAGCUAAAAAGCAUAAAAGAAACAAACAAACAAACAAAACAAAAACAAACUAACUAACAAACACACAUAAGUGUGGAAAAUGAUUAAUGAAAGGCAAGCUUAAAAGGAAAGCGUGGUUGGCAGGGUGAAAAAAGGAAAAGGAACAAGGAAAUGGUUUUUUGAGGUGAAAAUGUGAAUGUGAAAAACAAAUGAGCGAAAUCGAUGCUGAGCUGUGGCCGCGUGUUGCUGGAGCGUGUUUAAAUGCGGGGAAACAAAAACCCGAUGAUAUGGUAGGCCGGAAAGCUCAGUAACGCGUCAAGCACAGCAAGUGCUGUAGUUCAAACUUUUGCGCACACCUGAGUUAAUUCCUCCGGAAAAGAACGAACCGUUUUGUUGUUGAAAUAAGCUAAAAAUUAACGUGACGUUGUAAAGGAAAUGCAAUUCCCUGGAUCGACAAAUGAUUCAAAAUUAACGGCUAUUGGAAAAACACGUGAAUUCACAAAAUUUAACUAUUGACCUGAUCUGAGCCGUGUAGUUGUCGUUGUUGUUACCAGUACAUACACACAUACAUUCAGUCAGUAGAACCAUGCUACCAUAUCCAAAGCAUCAAGUUACCAAAUGAUUGCGUUACACGUUUCUAUAGUGAAGAUGUUUAUUUUUUUUCGUUUUGUCUUCUUUCGGUCUCACGUGCUACUCAUUAAAUUAUUCUCACCCUUUCUUUGCGUCUCACCAUAUCUCUCUCUCACCCGCUGAGCACCAGUGAGCAGAGCGUGAGCAAAGCGGGCAGGGUUUUUCGGUUUGCUACCGGUUGCUGGUUGUCCUCAAUCGGUUUGUUUUCCGUUUUGUUUCGUUUCGUUUUGGUUGGUACCUUUCUUAUACUGUCAGCUAUUUUCUGUACAAAGUUUGUGUUCAAAGUUUUCUUUUUCUUCCCUUUCUCAGUAGUGUAAUCAAUUUUGCUUUGCAUCUUUGUUGAAUCGUUUGUAUUGAGGUUUGUUUGCUUUUUUUUUGGUUUUAUUUUCCCAUUUCGCUUCAGUUUGGGCUUAAGGAUGUGGUCAGUUAUUGCCUUUUCUUUGGGCACCGCAAAACAAAGCACACAAAAACUACACGACAACACACAGACACACAAACGCAAGCAAAAAGAACAACAGCAAGCAAAGGAAGGAACAGCUGAAAUGGGAAUAGUAAACUAAAGCGUAAAAUACCCUCACAAUCACCACCAACCCUAGUGCACCUAGUUAUGACUUACACACCCGGAGAAAGAUUAUUAGUAAGUGCUAGGAUACGAUAAGCUAUAAAACGUAUGCCCGUCCCGUGGGUGAAAAAAGGAACAAAACGUGGAGUAAACACAAGAGAGUAGGAAGAACAAAAAGGCGUAAAACAAAGAGAAGAAAUAUAGUGUUGUGUAGCAGCAGAGCAGAGAUGUGAAGAAGUAGUGAAGUAGUAGAAGAAGAAGAAGAAAAGAAAAACAAACAAAAACAAACAAAAGUGUAGAAAGUAAACAUAGUGGCUCCUAGUUAAGCGAAUUUGUUUUGUUUUUGUUUUUGUUUUUCGUUUUUUUUUUGUGUAAUUGUUAUCACUUCGCAGUAGCAGCUUUACGAUUAAUAAGGAAAUUGGUUAAUGUUCGUUUUUACCCUCUAUCCGCCACUCCCCAUUUGUUGCUUCUCUAAUAGCUCUUUAAGGUGUUUCUUCUCCCUUCUCAACUUUUUAGUGUUCUUGCGGUAAAGAAGAAAUCUAUCUAUUAUUAUCUUGUAUUUAGCAAAUGUUAUGUAUUAUUUCUUUACGUUUUGGCAUAUAUUCGUUUUCACUCAUUUUCCUUUUGUUUUCGUUUCGAAAAAUUUCAAAUACAAAGAUAAAAAAAUCUAUUGGCAAAAAACAGUCUUAGCACAGGUUUGUCACAAUUUACACCAUGCUGCAAAUGGAUUCGAUUGCAAAAAGCAACAAAACUAUGUAUUGAUUUAAAUUUACACACUAAACCCUUUGCCGUGCUACCUUAUCUAAAUCCUUUCUCGUACACUGCUUAACUCCAAUCUACUUAUGGAUUAUUUCUACUUUGUAAAUGUUAUUUAAUGUAGUAAAUACCUGUUUUCCUCUUCUUUUGUUGGUUUGUUUAACCCCGUUUUGCCCUAAUUGUGAAUAUAAUUGGUAUAGUGUUAAGUGCUGGCAGGAGAACCCGGAAGGUUUCCCGCUUUUUGCCGCUUUUCCCACACUUUUAUUUUCUUUCUUACUCUUACAUUUCUCUUACUCGCUACUGUUCACUUACUUCUGUAGAUAAGCUCGUUGGUGUUUUGUUUUUUAUCUCUUCUUUUCACUUCCGAUGGCGUUUGUUUUUGGUAGCUCUUUUCGAAAGUAAACAAAGGAAAGUAGAAAAGCUUAGGCACGUAGACGAAAGCUGCAGCUUACAAAAUGAAAUGCGUUAAUGGGCAAUAAUUUAGAAGCAGACGCAAACAUAAAAAAAAUAAAACAAGAACUACAACUUAAAACUCAUCCCCCCCCCAUUACACUCAGUGUAUGAACAUGUUCUGUUGCAGGACAUACAAACACACAAAAGAAAAGACAACCGAAGAGGGAACGCGAGUAGUAGAAAACGGCAAAGGAAAGCAAACGCGCAUAAUUAAGACGAAACUUACGAGCAUUCAUCCAUUCUUUGAGUUUAUUAACCUGUUUCCCCCCCCCCCCCGGCCCUUAAUUCUAUUAUAUUAUAACUAUCGUCUGUCACAUUACAAACUCACUCACUCUCUCUUGUUAAAAACACACACACAAACAUAAACUAUGCAAAUGCACACAGACAGAAAGAGAGAGAAAGAGAGAUACACACAUACAUACACACACUCAAGUCAAUGGAAAACAAUGGCAGCGAUGAAAAAUAGGGAGGGGAAAAAAGAAAAAGAACACAGGGCUGGUUUCGGGGCCUUUGCGUUCGUCACGAUUACUACGAUUACAUUUAUGAUUAAUUAAUUAUAUUAAUAUUAUUAUUAUUAUUAUUUUCUAGCGAAUGAUUACGAUUUUUUUUUCGUCGAAAAGAGAUCAAUAAAACUAUAAGCAUAGUUAAGUGACACUUGUUUUCUUUACGUUGUUGACGUGGUUGUCGCUGUUGUGUUGCUGUUGUUGUUAUACCUUUCGGUUUGUUUACUGCCCCUGGAGAGAGAGCCCUGAGUUGGGGCUUUCAGUCAUGGCUUGAUCGAUGCUACAACAAAAAAAAACAAGAUAAAGCCUACUACAAUUAUAGAACGGAAUACAGGUAGUACGGACCUUUUACCCAUUGGUCCCUCGUAACAAACAAACAAACAAAAAGAACACUAGUAACACUCCCUCCUCCCCAUUACUUAACGAUGGUAUCCUUCCAAAAAUGAUCACACAGACAAAGAGACUCACCGAAUUACUAUUAUACUAUUAUUCUUAGUAUACCCUUUAGUGGAAUAGAUGUAGCGAGUAUAUUAUACAGAAGCAUUAGUACGAGCUGUAGUAGCUAGUGUGUUUGUAGUUGUUUAACUGUUAUACAGCCCUUUCUAUUUAAACAAAAAGAAGCUUCGAAAGUACGAGAAAAUUAUUAGCAUAAUAAGAAUACAUGAACACAAGUUUGCAAAAUUCGGUUUUUGGUUUUAAACACCUUUCUCGUUUUACAUCCACCUCCAGUAGACUGUACUUGUGUGUCCUAAUCCCGUCCUGUGUGCAAAUGAAACGAUGUAUUGAAAGCCCAGAAUUCAACCAAUUCCCAAUCUUUAAUCUGGAAGAAACAGAUAGCACACUGCUACAUGUGAAACCUUCGAAACAAUAAACGAACGAUGUGGAAUCGAUUUUUACAAAAUCAAACCGUACUAGCGAGUGUUUUGCGUACGUAGCAGCAGCAGCAGUAGCAGCAGAAGCAGCAGAAGAGUUCUGCGCAUGUAAAACACUAACCAAAUAUGGUAGUGAAGUUAAAACUCAUUAAAAAAAAAAAACAAACGCUUAACAUUGCAAAUAGUAAUAUAAAACAAGCUGGCGAGUGUAAGAAAAACAGAAGAAGCAAAAGGUUACGGUGGACGAUGCAACAAGUUGAUUAUGAUGAAAAAUAAAGAGAAAAUUAGUAAACCACAAACACCGCUCCAUUUGGCAUGAUGAUGGAUGGAUGUUGUAGUUGUAGUUGCAAGUAGUUGCUAGCAAACGGUAGUAUUCGUAGCAGCAGUUGUAGUUUGUAGCAGUAGUACUGUAUGGCUCAGAAAGUAGCUAAUAGUAGCCGAAACAGUAGUUGACUGAUAUUGGCAGAAAAGGAAAGAAUCACAUGAAAAGAAAAAAAAAAACAAUUGUUCAAUUAGCUCGUUUUGUUCGUGUAGUGUGUUUGGGUCUUCCGGAAGUAAUGGAUGCUUUGUUUGAUAGUGUGAAUAUCAUUUGUGAAAGAACUUAGAAAGCAACUCUAUUUUGCGUGGAAUAAUCAUCAUUUAUUAUGAAUUGGUUUGUACACUUUUAGACUCUUUGGCUUUAAUUAGUCUUUACUGUUCGAUUAUAUAUAUAUUUUUCUCUACUUUGUGCGUUUUAUUUGAGAACCCCGUUUUUAACCCCUCCUCAAAGGAAAUUAAAUUAUUAAGAUACCAGUGCAGCUAGCGAGACUGAAAUUAAUGAGAAAAAAAGCAAGGAAAAUCGUAUAAAAUAUAUAUAAAAGCAUUGCAAGCAAAUCUGUUACUGUGGCAGUGUACUGCCGUUCAACAAAAACCAAAACAAGUUAAAGCUAAAUGUUUGUUCCGGUGGAAUCGCGCUUGGUGUAACAUUUUGAAGCAAUUAAAAGUGCAUAAAACAUCGGUAAGAAUGUGUGCCGUGUGUGAAGUAUAGAAGCAGUUUAUCAAAGUAAAACUAUAAAUGUUCUUUUUUUUUCAUGCAACUCUACCAAUUUUCACAAUUCACCAUCUGAUUUUAACAAUUUUUUGGUUGAAUCUUGCAAACAAGGGCUCUCUUUCACAAACGAUUGAGUGCAAAGAGUGCAUUUCAAGCGCGUAGAAAUGAAAACCUGCCAAUAAGUAUAUUGAAGAAGAAGUAAAAAACGGAUAACAGGGAAAGACUCAACGUGUGCAUCCUUGCAAGGAAAUGGUAACCAAUGUUGUUAAUAGGGAUAAUAUUAAAGCAACAAACCUGUACUCACACACAUACAUACUCAUUACGGUGCCGAGGGUAAGAAGCUGUAACUAAAUCAAUUUUACGUAAAAUCUGGAAACGAUUCAUUCAUCUAUCAACUAAGGUCGGCCACAUCAGCAUCCUCACACGCUCACAAGCUCACAAAGGCCGCAUAUGCAAGUCGAGCAAGCUCGUUUAGCUGAACGUAUUUUGUGCAAGAAUAAUAAGAACAAAAAAGUGCCUCAUCAUCAUCGCCAUCAGUAAAAAUCGGAAACGAAUCUACAAGAAGGAGCAAGAGAAAUGAAAUAAAUCAUCAAACCAGUAAGACAUAUGCAAAAAAACAGAACAGUGCAACAUCACGAUGAGCAGCAUACAACAAUAAGCGCAAAAGUACGGAGUAUGUGGAACAGAAACAUAAUAAAACUUGUUGAAAAGAGAAAUAAAACGAAGCAUCAUUAAUUAAUUGUUGAUCGUAAAUGUUACAGAAAAGGAUAAAACACAUCAUCGCAGUAAUUAAUCAAUCGCAAAUAUAAGUAAAUAGAACAAAAACAAAAGUGAACAUUAUCACCAAACAAGUGAUUAGUAUUUUGCUUUAAUUUCCAACAUUUUGCUGUCACAUACGGUAAUUGAAGACGCAGUUAGUGAAUUCUAGUUGUCUAACAAUAUUACUCAUAUACAAGCCACUCUCCUCGCACAGUACGUUGUUAGAUGAGUCCCAGUCAAGCAGAGAGUAAAUUUUAUUAUAAAAAGUAGCGAUAUGAUUACUGUCUAUUUUAUGUUUUACUUACAAAAAAACAACACUCAAUUCCAAUAAUAAUUUCAUUUUAAAUGGCAAAUAGUGUAGACGUUCAAUGUUAUGCUUCUAUCUAUCUGUGGCCAGCUGUAGCAUAAUAUGUUUUCCAAAAGAUCACCCAUAAUGAACUAUUCCAAACUCCACAAACACACUCACACACAAACCCUGAACUGAUGUGGCACACGAACGAUGAAACAUGCUAUUUUACCAAAAAAAAAAAAA